AUGAAAAUCGAUACAGUACGAGACGCUUUCUUGAGUGAUUAUGAAGUUCUGCAGUUUCUGUUGCACCUGGAACGCAGACACGAGUGGACUCCCGAAGAAGAUGUGGACAUGAUCAACAAAAAACGCAAGAGGAGACCUUACAACCAUCCAGAACUACAAGCCAUUACGCGAGACACCAUACGAUACCUAUCCGAACCAAAGGGUGCUGCUGAUGGCGAGGACGCGGAAACGGGAGCCAAAAUAGACGCCAAGUCUCCACUGACGAAGCUCAACAACACCAAGUUUUCUACACUGAUGGCCAAGUUGAAUGAGUUUUCGCUUUUCAAAGCCGAGAAACUGCAGAUCGUGAACCAGAUGCCCACAAAUCUGGUGCAUCUGUAUUCUAUAGUCGAGGAGUGCGAUUCGCGGUUCACGCCGGAGCAGGCCGACGAGAUCAUCGGUGCAGUGCAGGUGCUCUACUAA